AUAUAAAGUAACGCAACAUCAACUGCGCCAGGGAUAAUCGCCAGAGCUAAGUAAGACAGGUGCAGGACUUCUGUCUCACAUUCCCAGCACUUAUAUCCAGAAAAACACCUUCAGGGAAACUUACAGAGGAACGUUAUAUCUAAAAGGUUGUGGAGGAGGUUACAAUGAAGGCACAGCUUACAAUUCUCCUAGCUUUGGCAACAGCCGGCUACUCCUUUCCUUCUGGCAGCUCGACCGGCUCCGCAUGUAACCCCAACCCUUGCUUCAACGGUGGCACCUGCAUGGAUAUGGGAGUGAUGUACAUAUGUGUCUGCGAAAGUGGAUACCUUGGGGCACAGUGUGAAACUCGUGAAACUGCAGUGGCUGUUGUAGAUGAGGACCCGUGUGCGUCCAGUCCAUGUCUUAACGAUGGGCUGUGUUUUCGUCAGGAUCGCUGGGGGACGAGCGAUAGACUCUUUCGCUGCGUCUGUCGGGGAGAUUUCACGGGCGCCCUCUGUGAUGCACAACUCGUGUCGUCGGCCUGCGACGUCAACCCGUGCCAGAACCAAGGAUCUUGUGAACUCAAUGCCGACUCGGAGUCUGGAUACGUGUGUCGAUGUGCCGACUUUUUCGGCGGAACGAAUUGCGAAAUAAUGCCAUGUGAUCAGAAUCCCUGCCUCAACGGUGGUGAUUGCUUUUCGGGAUACAGGAACAGAGGUGACUUCAUGUGCAGAUGCCCAAGAGGCUUUAAAGGAGAACACUGUGAAGUCUCUGAUCCAUGCAUGGACAAUCCGUGUGGGGAAGGAAACUUGUGCAUCCAGGGUACAGACAACAGCUUCAGCUGCAUGUGCCCAUGUGCCGCCGGAAGCACCUGCCAGAGCGAAGGGAAUGCAGGGACAAGUGGAGGAGAUACCGACAGUGGAUCAUCGGGAGCUGAGACUGGUGGUAAUGGCGACAGCGGUGACAAUGGCGACAGCGGUGACAAUGGCGACAGCGGUGACAAUGGUGACAGCGGUGGUAAUGGCAACAGCGGAGACAGCAGUGGUACUGUUGAUAACAGUGGGGGGAAUACAAUCCCUCAGGUUGGUGGGGGUGGGUUGAAUGGGGGUUCAGGUGGAGGGUCUUCAUCGGGUGGGCCUGAAGCUACCCUACCAUGCACCCGUAUGAUGCAAGAAACAGGUAACUGCAGCAACCACGGGUACUGCGUUGAAGACAACACUGGGGCCACUUGCCGUUGUGAUAAUGGGUACCGUGGGCCAAGAUGUGAGCAAGAGGAUAGUGGCAAUCCAGAGAGUGGUGGGAGUGGUCAAUCGGGUGAUUCUGGUUCCAGCGGUCAAUCGGGUGAUUCUAGUUCCAGUGGUCAAUCGGGUGAUUCUGGUUCCAGCGGUCAAUCGGGUGAUUCUAGUUCCAGUGGUCAAUCGGGCGAUUCUGGUUCCAGCAGUCAAUCAGGUGAUUCUGGUUCCAGUGGUCAAUCUGGUGAUUCUAGUUCCAGCGGUCAAUCAGGGGAUUCGGGGUCUAGUGGCACCGUUACCAGGCCGUGUGUUGAAAUGAUGGAACAAACCGAGUACUGUAACGGUCGCGGAUACUGCGUUGAGGACGGUACCAGUGCAUUCUGUCGUUGCUACAACGGCUUCCGAGGCUCCACCUGUCAGCUUGUGGAUGAUCCUAGUUCAGGAACCGCCUCGGACGGGGAUUCUGGUAACACCGAUACUGGUUCUGAGACUGGCUCAGGAAAUACCCUACCUCAGGUCGGCCAAGGAUCCGGUAGUGGUAGUCAAGGCUCGGGUUCUUUAAGGAAUACCAAACCGUGUGUGGCUAUGAUGCGGGAGACAAAUAACUGCACGAACAAUCAAGGGUACUGUAUUGAAGACAUUCACGGUGCGCUGUGCUAUUGCCAUCGUGGCUUUCAAGGUGCUGUCUGUGAUGAACGCACUGAAGGCUAAAGUUGCAGUCACAAGGAACUCAACUUUUACAUAUCAUUAACACUGUCCUUGAUGGUUACACCUGUGUCUAUCGUUCGCUGUACAUGUAUUUAGUACUAAUGCUUCACAGACAUGGGGAUGGGGGAGGGGCCUGCAGUUUUCAUGUUAAUGAAGAAAUUGUAUAAUUUAAUACAUUGACAUUAUCUGGGAACAAAUUAAUCUAAGAAAGAUUAGCCUAUGAAAUACAAGUACAUGCAGAUGUUAUGCAAAAAAAUGCUUAGGUUUGAAAUGUUGCAUGAUAGAUUGAUAUGAGAUUUAUAUAUGUACAUCAAAAGUUAUUGUGUUAAAUUGGUGUUAAUUUGAUGUUCCUGGAAGCUAUGAUGGCCUAAAUCAUAUCAAGGACCUAACCAAAUGUGCCAACAUAUAGACUCCAAGGGUGUUAAGAUUACACAACAGUGUUUGCAGUGAGUUAAUGGAAAGGCCCCAUGAAACGACUAUGACGGGAAUUAAUUUUGCAGGAUUCGACUUUUAGCUGGGUAAUUGCUUUACCUUCACGAGGCAGAAUUCUCUACUAAACUUUCGCUAACACUAAGAAACUUGAUUAUUAUUUGGGGUGGGGGGUGCAGGAGAUAUGCCCUCCCGUCUUCAGCAGAUGACGAACUUAAGUUCCAGGAACACUUUUUGGGCAUAUAGUUAACGAACAAUUCUAACCAAAAAUCAUGCCUCUGCCUCUUCCGCGUCUUGUUUUGAUUUUUAAAGUUUUAAUUUCCCUGCCGGCAGGAAAGAAGUCUAUAACUUUUUAUAUCAUAGAUGUUGUGUUCAUUCUUUAUGCGGUGUGGUAAAGGCAUAUAUAUGAAUAUUAUUCUGUACUUCAUACUAAUCAGUUGGCAUGUAAAAUACGUACAUCUAUUAGUUAACAGUAUAACAUGUUAAAUAAGAAAUGGACUUUCAUCUUACCUUUAAACUGAAGAUAAAUAAGUCCAAAGAAAACUUGACUGGGAGCCAUUUAUAAGAUGGAACGUUAUACUCCAGAGUGACUUUUCACUGCAAACUUCUGGAGUGUAUGUAGUUGAUGAUACAUGAUGAUUAAUAUGGAAUAAUGGUUCUUGCUUCUAUUACUCUAUGAUUCAGAAUAAAAUAUAGUAAAGACGCAAAAGAUUGGUCAAUAACUUGAA